GAGCAGUUCCGUUACUUCUGAAUGGUAAAGUAGCGGAGUUAAAGUUAGGCGAGCAGCAGAGAUGGAGUCCAACGAGGAUGGGGGCCUCAGUGUCGGGGGCUCUGUGGGAGAGGAGAAUUACUUCUUGGGAUACACCUUCACCGACCGCUCCCACUCCAGUCGGGUGGUGAAGAGCAUCAUGGACUUGUGCUUGGAGGACGGCCUGUUCGCUGAUGUCACCAUCAUGGUGGACAGCAAAGAGUUUCACCUGCACCGGCUGGUCCUCUCAGCACAGAGCAGCUUCUUUCGCUCCAUGUUCACCUCCAACCUCAAAGAAUCCCACAACCGUUCUAUUGAGCUGAAGGAUGUCAGCGCCACCGUCUUUCAGCUGCUGAUUGACUACAUCUAUCAUGGCACGAUUAAAUUGCGGGUGGAGGAGCUGCAGGACACGUAUGAGAUGGCAGACAUGUACCAGUUGACUGCUCUGUUUGAGGAAUGCUCUCGCUUCCUCUCACGGACGGUGGAGGUCAAGAACUGCCUGCAGGUAAUGUGGCUUGCAGACAGACACAGUGACCAGGAGCUGUAUACUGCAGCAAAGCACUGUGCUAAAAUCCACCUAGCACAACUUCAUCAAACUGAAGAAUUUCUCAAUCUGCCUCUAUGUCUGCUCUUGGACAUCAUCAAAGAUGGAGUCCCGAGCUCUCAGAAUCCAACAGUGGCCAUAGAGUCGUGGAUAAACCACAACAAGGUGGAGAGAGAGGAGUUUUCUUGUAUUCUGCAAGAAAACCUCAAGGAAAUUGGUGAGAAUGUCCAUAUAUACCUGAUUGGUAAAGAGGAGACGAGGACUCACUCUCUGGCCGUGUCACUACACUGUGAUGAAGAUGAUGCCAUCAGCGUGAGCGGUCAGAACAGUUUAUGCCACCAGAUCACUGCAGCCUGUAAGCAUGGUGCAGACCUGUAUGUGGUGGGGGGAUCUAUCCCCCGCCGCAUGUGGAAGUGUAACAUGCACACCAUGGACUGGGAGCGCUGCGCCCCACUGCCCCGAGACCGCCUUCACCACACCAUGGUCUCUGUGUCCACUGAGGAUGCUAUCUACUCAUUAGGAGGUAAGACGCUGCAGGACACACUCUCUAAUGCUGUCAUCUACUACACAGUGAAGGACAACAUGUGGACAGAGACCAGUCAGCUGGACACCGCAGUGUCUGGGGCCGCUGGCGUUAACUUGGGAGGGACCAUCUACCUGCUAGGGGGGGAGGAGAAUGACAUGGACUUUUUUACAAAGCCAUCCCGUCUCAUUCAGUGCUUUGACACUGCCACCCAGAAGUGCCAGAUCAAACCUUACAUGUUGCCGUUUGCUGGGUGCAUGCAUGCAGCGGUCCACAUGGAUGUGAUCUUUAUCGUAGCAGAAGGAGACUCCCUGGUUUGCUACAACCCUUUGCUGGAGAGCUUCACCCGCCUGCGUUUCCCUGAAGUGUGGAGCUGCGUUCCUUCACUCUGGAAAGUGGCCAGCUGUAAUGGCUGCAUAUAUGUUUUCAGAGACAAAUGUAAGAAAGGCGAUGCAAACACGUUAAAGUUCAACCCGGCCACGUCUGUCGUCUCCGUUAUCAGAGGCAUAAAAAUCCUCCUCACAAACUGGCAGUUUGUUUUGGCCUAAACUGUCUUCUUGAUGUUCACACUGUGAUUGACACACUCGCCAUGGAGAAUCAGGGAAGACGUUUGGGUAAAUUGUUAUGACUCUACUGUUCAGACAUCUUGCAAGGAGACCUGCUCUAAAUGUAUUUACUAAGCUGAUUUCUGCAUCACUCAUUCCACUCUGACUUCACCACCAGAUCAGUAAAAACAGUUCAGUGGUGUGUGUGUGUGUGUCAGUUGCUUGUAUUACAGUAUGUCUCAUUGUGGAUCCAUUAGUUGACAAGUCAAACAAUUUGUGAUGAUGCUGUAGCCAGUGAUGUACUAAUCAACAUUAUUUUCUUGUGCACUGCUUGUAUAUUGACACGCAUGAACAACUUCAGUGUAAAAAAAAAUGUACUGAACACAAAACAUCCCUCAGUAUAAGUGAUGUAAGUGAUGAUGUAGGCUGUGUCCUCAGAUGUCAAAUAUGAAGUCUGUGCAUAAACAUGAUAAUGGAUGUUU